AUGGCAAAACUCCCUGGUACAUCUUUAGUAGCACCUAUUCCAUCUAAAGAUCCAAAGAAAAAAGAUGAUCCAUCUGAAAAGAAAUCAAACGGUCAUCAGGAAAGUAGUGGUGGAUUGAAUGGUAAAGAAGUGGCUACUAAACUUAAUGAUAAAAAGAAUCAACUUCAUGAAUUAAGCGAAGAGGAUGCUGCUUUGAAGGAAGAAUUGGAGAUGUUGGUACAAAGAUUGAAAGAAAGUGAUCUGAAAUUAUAUAAAUCAAGUUUGGAGAUGUUAAGAAGUUUAAUCAGAACAUCUACUUCAUCAAUGACAUCAGUACCUAAACCAUUAAAAUUCCUUCGACCGUUCUUUAACGAUUUACAAGCCAUCUUUUAUAGUUGGGGUACAAAAGAAGAAUAUCUUUUAGCUAAAAAAGAAGAUGAAGAAGUUAAACAAGAACUUUUGUUGGCUAAUCUAAAUGAAAAAUCAGAUGAAAAUCAAACUCCGAUGGAUUCUUCAAUGAAGAAAGAUGAAGAUCAAAAUCAAAAACCAGAGAAUGUGAACAAGAAAACCGAGGAUCAAACUUCAAGUGGUCCUAAACCUCAAACUAAUCAAACUUCGACUACUACUAAAACUUCAAAAGAUGAACCACCUCCACCUCCAUUCCAUGUUGAUCCAGGCACGGUGCGAGGCGUUUCUACGACCGAUCGUACCCUUUUAGCCGAUAUCAUAUCGGUCUUAGCUAUGACAUACUCUGAUAGUGGAUUACGUGAAACUUUGGCUUUCCGACUUAGGGGUCAUAAACUCGAUCAAGCUAAUCAAGGAGAAGAACCUGGAGUUUGGGGUCAUGAAUAUGUUCGACAUUUAGCUGCUGAGAUUGGUGAAGCUUAUUUGGCUCUUCAAUCCAAAUCAGAUCCAGAUAAUGAUGAUCAAUUUGAAACGGAUGAACAAAUCAUGAAGAGAAAGGAUUUACAUCAGCUCGCUAUGAAACUGGUCCCAUUCUUAUUGAGUCAUAAUGGAGAAGCUGAUGCAGUGGAUUUACUUUUGGAACUUGAGAGUAUUGAUGAUAUUGUACCUUUAGUGGGUGAACACAACUAUUCUCGUGUUUGUAACUACAUGCUUUCUUGUGUGAACUUCUUGGUACCACCCGAUGAUACCAACUUCCUCAAAGCUUGUCGAGCAAUCUAUCGAUCUCAUUCUCGUUUCUCUGAAUCCAUGAUGGUAGAUAUCAAGAUGGGAGAUAAGGAUGGUGUUAAAGAGGACUUUGAUUCUGCUUCUAAUGAUACAAUGAAGUUACAAUUAGCACAUCUCCUCGCUCGUCAUCAACUUCCAGCCUUGUCGACAGGUCUUACUGAGAACGAGGAACUUAAUGAGGUAUUGAACAAUGCUGCGCUUACGACUCAUUUCAAAGCAUUUGGAAAGAACUUGAACGUUAGCGAACCGAAAUCACUAGAGGAAAUUUAUAAGUCUCAUCUUGAAAACAUUCCAUCAGCAAAUGCUAAAGUAGACUCUGCGAAACAAAAUUUGGCUGGAACCUUUGUGAAUGCAUUUGUAAAUGCUGGGUUUGGCAAUGAUAAACUGAUGGUCAAUUUGGAAGAUGGUCAGAGUUGGAUUUAUAAGAAUAAGGAUGAUGGUAUGAUGAGCGCUACUGCUUCUCUUGGAGUUAGCUUAUUGUGGGACACAGAUGGUGGUAUUAGUCAAAUUGACAAAUAUACAUAUGCUACUGAGGAUCAUAUAAGGGCUGGUGCUUUACUUGCUAACGGAUUACUUCACUCUGGGGUUCGAACGGAGAUGGACGUAGCUUUAGCUCUCUUGGCAGAUCAUAUCGAGUCUCCUAUUAUCUCGAUCAGGGUUUCGGCUAUCAUUGGGAUUGGAAUUGCUUAUGCUGGAACGCAUCGGGAGGACAUUUUGAGCUCUUUACUACCUCAUGUUGAAGAUAUUUCUGUUUCAAUUGAAAUCUCUGCCAUAGCAGCAUUAGCUUUAGGUUUUAUCUUUGUGGGUAGCGGGAACGGUGAUAUUGCUCGAACGAUCCUUCAGGCCAUGAUGGAACGUGAUACUGAGCAUCUCAAUAGCCCAUGGAGUCGAUAUCUCGGAUUAGGUCUUGCGUUACUCUACCUCGGUCAACAAGAUUCAACUGACUCUGCAGAUGCGAUCAUCGAGACUCUUAAAGUAGUCGAUCAUGCUAUCGGUAAACAAACACUGGUCAUGCUUGAAUCUUGUCUGUUUGCGGGUACAGGAAACGUAUUAAAGAUUCAAUCAAUGCUUCAUCAUUGUGCCGAUCAUCAUUUACCAAGUAGUAAUAGUACUGUGAAUGAAGAAGAACCGAAUAAUAAUGAUGAGAAAAACGACGAGGUACCUGAACAGACUACUUUACAUCAACAACUAGCUGUACUUGGAAUUGCGAUCAUUGCUAUGGGUGAAGAAGUUGGAGCUGAGAUGUCAUUACGACAUUUUGGACAUUUGAUGCAAUAUGGUGAAGCACCGAUCAGACGUGCUGUUCCAUUAGCAUUAGGAUUGAUUUCAGUUUCAGAUCCAAUCUUACCUGUCUUAGAUACACUAUCGAAAUAUUCUCAUGAUAGUGAUUUAAGUGUAGCUCUUAAUUCAAUCUUUGCAAUGGGUUUAGUUGGAGCUGGUACAAAUAAUGCAAGAUUGGCUCAAAUGUUAAGACAACUUUCGACUUAUUAUUAUCGUGAACCGGAUUGUUUGUUUAUGGUUAGAGUUGCACAGGGUCUUGUACAUUUGGGUAAAGGAACAUUAGGAUUGAGUCCAUUCCAUACUGAUCGACAAAUUAUGUCACCGGUGGCUGUUGCUGGAUUGUUAUCAACCAUCUUGGGAUUCACUGAUGCUAAAUCUUUGAUCUUGGACAAGGCACAUUGGUUAUUGUUCCUUUUAACACCAGCUAUGUAUCCUCGAUUCUUAAUGACAUUUGAUUCAGAAGGUAAACCGAUCGAAACCACCGUAAGAGUAGGACAAGCCGUGAAUGUAGUAGGACAAGCAGGUAAACCUAAAUCGAUUUCAGGAUUUCAAACUCAUACUACACCGGUCCGAUUGGGUAAUACAGAACGAGCGGAAUUAGGUACAGAAGAAUUUAUUUCAUAUUCACAUGUUUUAGAAGGAUUAGUGAUCUUGGCUAAGAAUGCGGGAUUUGAAUCUAAUGAGAAUAUGGUUUCAUAAAAACGAAAUUAAUGAGGGAAACUUUGUUUAUGAAAUGAAUGUCUGCGUGUUUGGUUUUGUGUGUUUGUGUGGGGAGGAGGGGAAGAGGUUGUAAUUUGUCGUUUAGAUAUCUCUUUGUUUUUUACUUUUUUUAAAAUUAGUUUUUUUUGUCAAAAGCAUGAUAUUUUAUAAAUGUUAUGUUUACAGAUGAAUGAUUUCAUAUAUAUAUAUAUAGGAUGAGAUUGAUGACAGCAUGAAUAGGGAUGUUAGGACAUGAAGGAAAGGUGAUAUGGCAUAUAAUGAUAUAACUUACUUGAAUAG